GUAAAAUAGAAUAUUCCAGCCAUGGAAAAUUGUUUAUUGUGCAUGGAAAGCCGUAAAGUAGACUGUAUAGAAGUGAAUUCAGAGAUCUGGAAUCAGCAGGAAAUUCAAUUUCUUAUAGAGAAACAUUUUUGGCCAAUGGACACAAUUAAGGUCUCCUGCUGGAUAUGUUUAGAAUGUGCACAAGAGUUAAGAAACUUUCACAAAUUCUAUACGCGCAUAGAACAGGCACACACAAAUUUGGCUGGCUUAGUGAAAUUGGAAGAUGAAAAGCCAAUUAGCAGUGAUGAAAAGGACAGCGAAAGCAAUUUCGAUUGCAAGGAAAUGUCAGAUAGAUAUGAUAGCACUGAAUCUAAUAUUGAACCCGAAAUAGUAAUGGAGCAGCUAAUGUCUGCAGAAUUUGAGUUGGAUGUCACAAGUAUCAAAAGCGAAAACGAAGAUGUAGAGGUAUCUUUAAAAUGUAGACGUAGAAAAGGACUUAUUUCAAAAGGUAUAUCAAGUCAAAACGUAAACGAAAUUAAAGAUCCUCUGGAGAAAACUAAAAAAUCUAAACAAACCAAAAUAUUGGUAAACAAAACAAGAAAACUUCGAUCAAAAACCAAGAAAACCAGUUGUUCCAAAAACAAAUUAUUAGAUUCCCAGAAUUUAGAGACUUCUGUAAACCAACCUGAAACUUUAGAAUCUAGUUUAGGAAUUGUAAAAACGAAAAGCCUUAGUAAACUUGAUGAAAAAGAUGACACAGACAGUGUUCGAAAUGAUGAAAAGAAAUCUACUAAAAAUAUAAAUAAACGACAUAAUCCGGAUGGCGACACUCUUAAAGAGUAUGAUAGAAUUAUUGCGGAUAAUUUUCAAAUCGAAUGCAAUAUUUGUCAAAUUUCAUUCCAAAACUUUAUAGCUCUACGUAAACAUUUUAAAGAGGAACAUAAUCAACGGGGCUAUGCUCGAUGUUGUAAUAGAAAUUUCUUUUCUCGUUCAGUUCUAGUCGAUCACAUAUACGUUCACUUAAAUCCAGAACAUUUUAAAUGUCAAGAAUGUGGAAAAGUGUUUUCGGAUCGCAGUGUUUUGGUUAAUCACAUAAAACUGCAUGAGGACGUCAGCAAACUUUUGAAAUGUGAUAAAUGUGGUAAAGCUUUUGUAAAUUUUGCAGUACUGAGAAAUCAUCUAUUGACACAUUCUUCAGAAAAGAUGUUCCCCUGUACUAUAUGUGGAAAAUUUUUCACAAACUCUUCCAUAUUAAAUCACCACAUAGGAGCAGUACAUCAAAAUAAAUUUGUUCAAAUCUGUUAUAUUUGUGGCAAAUCCCUACGUUGUCCCACUGCAUUUGCCAGUCAUAUGGAAAAACAUGAAGUUAAAACCACGCCAAUUAGUUGUGAUGUUUGUGGACUUUUACUGUCCAAUAAAAUGGGCCUAAAACGCCAUAAGAAUUCACAACACCCAGAGGGUGGUAAAAAGGAACAUAAAUGCCAUAUCUGUUUGAAAAUUUCGCCCACACUAAGGGCUCUUAAAUCGCAUAUACAGCGUACCCAUGAAAUGGGCUAUGACUAUAAAUGUUCCUUGUGUGAAAAGGCUUUUAAACGACCAGCCGUACUAAGGGAACAUAUGGCUACACAUACGGGAACACCCUUAUAUAGUUGUCCUUUUUGUCCAAAAACAUUUAUAUCGAACGGUAACAUGUACAAUCAUCGAAAAAAUUCACAUCCUAAGGAAUGGGAAGAACUGCAGCGUCAAAAAUAUGUGGAUAAUUUAAUAAAUUGUAUUAUGGAUUUUUGUCUACUUUGUCUAGAAACUAAUAAAAGCAUUGAUGGUUGCAUAGAGGUAAAUUCUGAAAAAUGGAACUAUCAAAAUAUGAAAGUUUUGAUUGAUAAACAUUUAUGGCCAAUGGAACUAAAAUCCUCUUCAUGGAUUUGUAAAGCAUGUGGAGCAGAAUUAUAUGAAUUUCAUAAGUUUUACAAACGGAUAGAGGUAGCGCAACUAAAGUUUGGGGCGGUAUUAAAAAAUGAGAAUGUAACGACAGAAUUAAAUCAAAAAGACUUUAUAGAUAGUGAUAGUAGUCAAAAUCCAGAAGAUUGUAAGGAUAAUCUAUUUGCAGAAAGUCAUCUUGAGCCACACAUCGUUAUGGAAGAACCUUUACCAACAGAGUUCAUAAUUGAUGGACCAUUUAUUAAAAGCGAAAAAAUUGAGGAGAUAGGUCAACAGGAUAUUGUGGUCAAACAAAAUAGGAAAAGAGGCAGGCCAGCAAAGGAAAUGUCUCAUGACAGAACUGAAAUUAAGGAAGAUCCGCUAAAGAAAACUAAAAGGCGUAUAUCAAAAAUAUCAAGCACUAAAAAGAUAAAAAGUGACCAAAAAUUACAAAUUGCAUUUGAAUCUGAUACUUCUGAAGAAAAUCAGAUUGAUCCCCAUAUACAAACGGAUAAUCUAGAUGAUGUAAAAAGCUCACCAACAUUUAGAGAUAAAAAAGAGAACAACGACUCAGAAACAGAUCCGGAAAACUGCGAGGAAAAGCAAACUUUAACAGAAACUGUAAAAAAGAAAAAUCACCGAAAUUUGGAUGAGAAAACACUUAAGGAAUAUGAUAAGAUUAUAGCGGACAAUUUUAAAAUUUUCUGUAAUAUUUGCCAAAGUGCAUUAGAUAACUUUUUAUCUCUGCGCAGACAUUUCAAGUUGGAGCACAAACAACGUGGCUAUGCCCGCUGUUGUAAGAGAAAUUUCUUUACACGAUCUCUGUUGGUGGACCACAUACAUGUGCACUUAAAUCCCGAAUAUUUUAAAUGUCUUCAGUGUAGUAAAGUAUUUUCCGACCGCAGUCGUUUGCAAUGCCACAAAAGAUUACAUGAUGAUGAUAGUAAACUGGAUAAGUGUGAUAUAUGUGGUAAAUUGUUUGCAGAUAAAGGUGCUUUAAAAAAGCAUGUGUUGACGCACUCCUCCGAGAAAUUGUUUCCUUGUUCAAUAUGUGGUAAAUUCUUCACCAACUCCUUCAUAUUAAACCACCACAUUGAAGCAGUACAUCAAAAUAAAUUCGUACAAAUCUGUGAUAUUUGCGGUAAAUCUAUACGUUGUCCCACCGCAUUUGCCAGUCAUAUGGAAAAACAUGAAGUGAAAUCCACCCCCAUUAGUUGUGAUGUUUGUGGUCUUUUGCUUUCCAACAAAGAGGGUCUAAAACGUCAUAAAAAUUCACAACACCCAGAAGGUGGCAAAAAAGAACAUACAUGCCAUAUCUGUUCAAAAGUAUCGCCAACACAAAGGGCUCUUAAAUCGCAUAUACGUUCCGUGCACGAACAGGGUUUCGAUUACAAAUGUAGUUUGUGUGAAAAGUCAUUUAAACGGCCGGCCGUUCUGAGGGAACAUAUGGCUACUCAUACGGGUACGGCUUUAUAUACAUGUCUUUGGUGCCCCCGAACAUUUAUAUCAAAUGGCAAUAUGUAUAAUCAUCGUAAAAAUGCUCACCCAAAAGAGUGGGAAGAGCUGAAACGUCAAAAAUACGCCGGAAAUAUUUCAUAGUAUUUAAAUGGAAAUUUGUUUAUAGUUUAAUGAGAUUAAUUUAAUUGUAAUUAAUAAAAGUAAAUAAAUCUAGUAAGAGGAUUAAA